AUUGGAUGGGCCUAUGGCUCGAUGACGGAAGACAUCCUCACCGGGCUUAGAAUCCAUUCAAUGGGUUGGAAAUCAGUGUACCUGAUAUUAGAUCCACCGGCUUUCCUUGGAAGUGCCCCGACCGGAGGUCCGGCGAGCUUGACUCAACACAAGAGGUGGUCCACAGGCCUUCUUGAGAUAUUAUUCAUCAAGAGCGGCCCCAUAAUUGCCACCUUCACCAAGCAGCUCAAGUUUCGGAUGUGCUUGGUCUAUUUGAUUGUAAUUGUUUGGCCCCUACGCUCCAUCGGAGAGAUCUGCUAUGCUCUGCUCCCUGCUUACUGUCUCCUUGCCAAUACCUCCUUCUUGCCAAAGGCUUCAGAAGCUGUCUUCGUGAUACCCUUGGCUCUCUUCCUCAUCUCCAACAUCCACUCAUUAAUAGAAUACUUCCAAUGUGGGCUCUCAGCGCGGGCAUGUUGGAACAACCAGAGGAUGCAUAGGAUCUUCGCGAUGACUGCAUGGUUGUUUGGUUUGCUUGCUGUUCUCCUCAAGAUCCUUGGCCUCUCUGAGACAAUAUUCGAAGUCACCCGAAAGGACCAACAAUCUGAUGCCAAUGAUACAGACAAAGAUCCUGGGAGGUUUACCUUCGAUAACUCGCCAAUGUUUGUCUCUGGUACUGCAGUCCUGCUCGUGAACAUGGUGGCGCUCGCUGUCGGCCUGCUACGGCUUCACGGGCCAGUGGAUGGAGGGCCGAGCCCGGGACUUGGAGAGUUUGCUUGCAGUGUUUGGGUGGUGUUCAGCUUCUGGCCAUUCGUGAGGGGUCUGGUUGGGAGAGGGAGUUAUGGGAUCCCUUUGCCUGUCAUAUUGAAAGCUGCUGUCUUAGCGUCUCUCUUUAUGCAGUUUUGUGGAUUCGGAUGGGUGCAUUAGUUUGAAGUGGGCGGCUUGGGUUUCACUGUUCAACUUCAAAAUAUUAAGCCUUACUUUGAUUGAAAAAGGGGGAAAAUAUUCUUCUUCUGCGCCAUACACCCCCGCCUCACAAAACCACCACCCCCAAAAAAGGGGGAAAUUAUUGGUUACAUGAUAUUAGACACAAGUUUGCUGCAGUUUGGCUUGAAAA